AAAAAACGGGGAAUGGUUGGUAUCAUGAAGACAAAAAAAAUGCCCUCGUUGAGCAGAACGGCCGGAGGGCACUGCAUGUGUUGUGUAUAUGCCAUGGGUGUGUGUAUAUGUCAUCAAUGAAUAGUGAGUAUAUCUUAGCAUUAGACUAGAUCUAUAUUGAAUUGACCCUUCUUAGAAGCUAGUAGGCAUAUGCACAUUCAUGGAAUGGUGAAAGUACAUGCAUAUGCAGAGGGAGGAAAAGGAGGGAAGGUGAUGGGCGGGAGGAAGAGUGGAAGGCAGCCAUUGUUGAGGUGGGUCCUUUGGAUGGACUUGAAAUACAAGGACCCCAUUCCCUCUACAAAUUGAACACUCACUCCCAUCCUCUCAACUGCAUUCAAUUCUACUCUCAUCUGAGUGAGCAGCUGGUAGAUUAAAGACUAAAAGUUAAGGAAACUAUAUUGCAAACUUCAAGGAAGAACAAGCAGCAGAGGAACCAGGCUGAAUAAUGGCUAGGCCCCAGAGAUACAGAGGAGUCCGCCAGAGGCACUGGGGCUCAUGGGUGUCUGAAAUUCGCCAUCCAUACUUGAAGACUAGAAUCUGGUUAGGGACAUUUGAAACAGCAGAGGAUGCAGCCAGGGCAUAUGAUGAAGCUGCAAGACUCAUGUGUGGACCAAGAGCUAGAACUAAUUUUCCAUUCAAUCCCAAUGCCCCUCCAACGGCAUCUUCAAAAGUUCUGUCCUCCACACUCACAGCCAAACUUCAUCGCUGUUACAUGGCUUCAUUACAGGAACCCAGAUUGGGACCAUCAAAAAAGAAUUCGACUGUGACAUCAGACCAAAAUACCAAUAUACAUGGUAGUAAUCAAACCCUUACUUGCCUCAAAUUAGACUCUGAAAACUCCAACAAUAUUGGCAUUUGGCAAAAGAAAACAGGGCCAAAGCAUUCUGAAUCGAACUGGGUCAUGAAGGUGGAAUUGGAAAACAAUCAAUAUGGAAUCAGUGCUACAGAUGAUGAUGUUACACAAAUGAUUGAGGAGCUACUUGACUGUGGAUCCUUGGAGAUCUGCUCCCCAACUGCUUCUGCUGAUUCCAGUAUCACUACAACAGAGUCCAUUGCUAAUUACCCCUAAUGAUGACUGGCAGCACAAAAUUUUGUAAAAAUUCCUUGGUAUGCAGGAGAGUUCCUCACCUCGUUGCUGCAAAUUAAUGCAACCAAUGCACUGCAAUCUGGUAAUUAUGUUAGACCGUGGAGUCAGAAAGGGAUUUUAGCUAUCGAUGAAGUUCUAAUAACUCACUCAGGCCUUUCAGUCCAAAUUUGAACCAGAGUAGUUCAAAUUUCAGAGAUGUAGAUCUUAGAUAUGAUCUCUCUGAUCUCUUUCUGCAUUUCUAAAGGGGGAUAUUUAUAAUCAAAUUUCCAUAUUUAUAGAUUAGGCCAUUGGUAUAAUCUUGUAGCUGCUAGCUUCUUUGUUGAAGCACACUUCAAUUAAUGUAUAUCUACAAAAUUACAGCUGAUCUGCACUCUAAUGUUAACUAUAGUAUAUUCUGUAACGAUUGAGUUUUCGACAGAUACAGCUGAGGAAAAUGUAAGUAUUAAAAUAUCUUACAUAAUAAUAGCUGGAAGUGGUAUUGACUUAA